AUGAGCACCACCUGUUCAACGAAAAUGGCCAAAGAACUCCCCCUACAGCUACAUCUCCAACUGGGUCUCUGUCUCUUUCCCCACUUCACUGCUACUACUACCUUAAACCCACUACUACUAUACUUUUAUCUUUCCUUUCACAUUCCGUUCUGUUUAACUACCUUGUUUUUUUUUUCACUUCCUAUGGAUCGUACUGACAAGCAGCAGCAGUUAUCCUUGGCCAAGGGUACAAGGCAGAGAUACAAUGAAUGGAUUUUUCGUGAUGUACCGAGUGAUAUAACAAUAGAAGUGAAUGGAGGAGCAUUUUCAUUGCACAAGUUUCCUCUUGUCUCCAGAAGUGGGAGAAUAAGGAGGAUAGUUGCAGAACACAGGGAUGCUGACAUCUCAAGAGUUGAGCUUCUUAAUCUACCAGGAGGUGCCGAAUGCUUUGAGUUGGCAGCGAAAUUUUGUUAUGGUAUUAACUUUGAGAUUACAUCCACAAAUGUUGCUCAGCUAUGUUGUGUCUCUGAUUACCUUGAAAUGACUGAAGACUUUUCAAAAGACAACCUUGGCUCGCGUGCCGAGGAAUACCUUGAAAGUAUAGUGUGCAAGAAUCUUGAAAUGUGUCUUGAAGUAUUGCAACAAUGUGAGAGCCUGCUUCCUCUUGCUGAUGAGCUAAAAGUAGUUAGCCGCUGCAUUGAUGCAAUAGCUUCAAAAGCAUGUGCAGAACAAAUAGCUUCUAGUUUCUCAAGAUUAGAGUAUAGCAGCUCAGGAAGGUUACACAUGAGCAGGCAAGCCAAAUGCGAUGGUGAUUGGUGGAUUGAAGAUCUUUCUGUUCUGAGAAUUGAUAUGUAUCAAAGAGUCAUAACGGCCAUGAAAUGUCGUGGGGUUCGGCCAGAGAGUAUUGGUGCUUCCCUUGUGAAUUAUGCACAGAAAGAAUUGACAAAGAAAUCCAGCUUGUGGAAUCCAUCUAGCCAAACUAAGAUUGAUUCAAAUUCCAGUUUGCAUGAAAAGCUUGUGGUUGAGACCAUUGUAAGCCUUUUGCCUGUUGAGAAACUUGCUGUUCCAAUCAAUUUCCUUUUCGGGCUUCUGCGAAGUGCAGUGAUGCUUGAUUGUACAAUUGCUUGUAGACUUGACUUGGAAAGAAGGAUUGGAUCGCAGCUAGAUGUUGCCACCCUUGAUGAUAUUUUGAUUCCAUCGUUCAGGCAUGCCGGUGAUACCUUGUUUGAUGUUGACACAGUUCAUAGAAUUUUGGUAAAUUUCUGUCAGCAGGAUGAUAGUGAAGAAGAUCCAGAAGAUGCAUCUGUUUUUGAAUCUGACAGCCCUCGUUCACCCUCCCAAACCGCACUAGUUAAAGUGUCAAAACUAGUGGACAACUACCUUGCUGAAAUUGCCCCGGAUGCAAACCUUAAACUUUCCAAGUUUUUGGUCAUUUCAGAAACCUUGCCUGCACAUGCCCGCACAGUUCAUGAUGGUUUAUAUCGGGCAAUUGAUAUUUACUUAAAAGCUCACCAAGGUUUGUCAGAUUUGGACAAGAAGAAACUAUGCAAAUUGAUUGACUUUCAAAAGCUUACUCAAGAAGCUGGAGCACACGCUGCGCAAAAUGAGCGCCUUCCUCUCCAAUCAAUAGUGCAAGUUCUGUAUUUUGAGCAGCUAAGACUUAGAAAUUCUUUGUCCUGCUCCUACGGGGAAGAUGACCCCAAGCCAAUCCAACAGUCAUGGCGCAUAAAUAGUGGUGCUCUAAGUGCAGCAAUGUCUCCACGAGACAACUAUGCAUCAUUGCGACGUGAAAACCGUGAGCUUAAACUUGAAUUGGCUCGCCUAAGAAUGAGACUAAAUGAUCUAGAGAGGGAACAUGCUUGCAUGAAGAGGGACAUGGCUAAGUCCGGCUCACGUAAAUUUAUGACUUCUUUCUCCAAAAAGAUUGGUAAGCUCAGUCUUUUUGGGCAUAGUUCUUCUAGAGGAUCAAGUUCUCCAUCCAAAAAUUCUCAAAGAACAUAUUCAAAGGUGAUCGAGAGAACCUGUGCUAGCACAGAGUAG